UAAUGACUGAUAUAUGCAUCCAAGUCAGUCAUAAAACCGUGGGCAAAAGAUAAAAAUGGAUAUUGAAACCCAUUAGUGAUUUGCUGAAGUAGCCGUCGGCCUGGAGUAACAUGUAGCCUAGGCUAUUGUUUCAGUUCAGUGAAACGCAUGAGGGAAUGUAAUUGAGGGAUUAUCGCUGUAAAAAAGUUAUCCGGCUACAGUCAGGUAGACCUAGGCUAAUCCCAUGACCAGUAACCUUCCUACACAACGAGGGUUCAUUUCCUUUCAAUUCGUUCCAGAAUGUGGGCACUGAACAGUGUCAUGUGGCCCCAACGAAGAGGGAAAUGAUAUGGCGUUUACUGUCGGGGUUCGAAGACAACGGGGGGCACAGUAUGCCAGCAGCACCAGAGCCCAUCUCUCUGGUGACACGCCGGCCCUCUGGUCAGAAAACCCCUCCCACCCACAGCCCGAAACCCGCCCCCAGACCGGCACUAUCUCCUGGCAGGCCGCAAUCCAUGCAGUCCGUAAUGCCCAGGGCGACGCCCCUAAGAGCAUGAGUGCCCGCCCCUCUGUCCCUGGGGCCACGCCCGCCCCGGUGGGCUCUCUCUCACAGAGGAAGAGGCAGCAGUAUGCCAAGAGCAAGAAGCAGAGCGGCUCCACCAACAGCAGGCCGCCCAGGGCGCUGUUCUGCCUCACUCUCAACAACCCCAUCCGCAGAGCCUGUAUCAGUCUGGUGGAGUGGAAGCCCUUUGAUAUCUUUAUACUGCUCUCUAUUUUUGCCAACUGUGUGGCCUUAGCUAUUUAUAUCCCCUUUCCCGAGGAUGACUCCAAUUCCACCAAUCACGAUCUGGAAACUGUAGAAUAUGCCUUCCUGAUCAUCUUUACGAUAGAGACCUUUCUAAAGAUCAUAGCAUAUGGUUUAGUAAUGCACCAGAACUCCUAUGUGAGGAACGGCUGGAACAUGCUGGAUUUUGUCAUUGUCAUUGUAGGGUUGUUCAGUGUGGUCCUGGAGGUGAUAACCAAAGAGGGUGACGCUGGGGGCCCGGGGGGGAAGCCUGGGGGCUUCGACGUCAAAGCUCUCAGAGCGUUCCGGGUGCUCCGCCCCCUCCGCCUCGUCUCAGGAGUACCCAGCUUGCAGGUAGUAUUGAACUCCAUCAUUAAAGCCAUGGUCCCUCUGCUCCACAUCGCUCUGCUCGUCCUCUUCGUCAUCAUCAUCUACGCCAUCAUCGGCCUGGAACUCUUCAUCGGCAAGAUGCAUGCCACCUGCUACCUAGUGGGCACUGGCAUUCUGGCCGAAGAGGAGCCCGUUCCCUGUGCUAUGUCAGGCCACGGUCGUCAGUGUACCAUGAACGGGACUGUGUGUAUGGAGGGAUGGCACGGCCCCAACGGUGGCAUCACUAACUUCGACAACUUCCUGUUUGCCAUGCUCACUGUCUUUCAGUGUAUCACCAUGGAAGGCUGGACAGAUGUUCUUUACUGGAUGAAUGACGCCAUGGGUUUUGAACUGCCCUGGGUCUACUUUGUCAGUCUGGUCAUCUUCGGCUCCUUCUUUGUUCUCAACCUGGUUCUGGGAGUGUUGAGUGGAGAGUUCUCUAAGGAGAGAGAGAAGGCCAAGGCUCGCGGAGACUUCCAGAAGUUGAGGGAGAAGCAACAGUUGGAGGAGGACCUGAAGAACUACCUGGACUGGAUCACCCAGGCAGAGGACAUCGACCCGGAGAACGACGAGGAGGGGGACGAGGAGGGGGCCAAACGCAACCGGGUGACACUGGCUGACCUUACGGAGAAGAAGAAAGGGAAGUUUGGCUGGUUCAGCCAGUCCACAGAGACUCAUGCGAGCAUGCCUGCCAGCGAGACAGAGUCUGUGAACACUGACAACCCCAACGGGGAGGACGAAAAGGCCAACUGCUGUGGACCUCUCUGUAGGCGAUGGCGUCGCUGGAACAGGUUCUGCCGCAGGAAGUGUCGUGCUGCUGUGAAGUCUGUGUCUUUCUAUUGGCUCGUGAUAAUACUGGUGUUUCUCAACACGCUCACCAUCUCCUCAGAGCACUACAACCAGCCUGACUGGCUCACCGAAGUUCAGGACGUGGCCAACAAGGUGUUGCUGGCCCUGUUCACGUGUGAGAUGCUGGUAAAGAUGUACAGCUUGGGUCUGCAGGCCUACUUUGUGUCCCUCUUCAACCGCUUCGACUGCUUCGUUGUUUGCGGUGGUAUGGUGGAGACCGUCCUGGUGGAGCUGGCCAUUAUGUCUCCUCUGGGCAUCUCUGUCUUCCGCUGUGUCCGUCUCCUAAGGAUAUUCAAGGUCACUCGCCACUGGGCCUCUCUCAGUAACCUGGUGGCGUCGCUACUCAACUCCAUGAAGUCCAUCGCCUCCCUGCUUCUCCUGCUGUUCCUCUUCAUCAUCAUCUUCUCGCUGCUGGGCAUGCAGCUGUUUGGGGGGAAGUUCAACUUUGAUGAGACGAUAACCAAGAGAAGCACCUUCGACAACUUCCCCCAGGCGCUGCUUACAGUAUUUCAGAUCCUGACAGGCGAGGACUGGAAUGCUGUAAUGUAUGACGGCAUCAUGGCGUAUGGUGGACCCUUCUCGUCAGGCAUGAUCGUUUGUGUCUACUUCAUCAUCCUUUUUGUCUGUGGAAACUACAUUCUACUGAACGUCUUCUUGGCCAUCGCUGUUGACAAUCUGGCUGAUGCAGAGAGCCUGAACACUGCCCAUAAGGAGGAAGAAGAAGAGAAGGAGAGGAAGAAGUGUUCCAGAAGUGACACAGACAAAGCAGAAGAGCUGAAACUUGAGGGCCAGGAUGGAGACAUCAAGGUUCCACUGGAAGAUGAAGCGGAGAAGGAGUCUUCUUCUAAGCCAGUUGGGGAUGAUGACGAUGAUGCCGAUGACCAGCUGCCGGAGGUUCCAGCUGUUCCGCGUCCCCAAAGGCUGUCCAAUUUUAGCAUCAAGGAGAAGACUCCGCCCAUCCCUGAGGGCAGCGCUUUCUUCAUCUUCAGCAGCACUAAUCCGGUCAGGGUGGCCUGCCACAAACUGAUCAACCACCACAUCUUCACCAACCUCAUCCUGGUCUUCAUUAUGCUCAGCUCAGUGUCUUUAGCUGCUGAGGACCCCAUAAGAAACUUCUCUGCACGCAACAUUAUACUUGGUUAUUUUGACUAUGCUUUCACGGCAAUCUUUACUGUUGAGAUCCUGUUGAAGAUCCUAGGCUAUGCAGAUUAUGUCUUCACUAGUAUAUUUACCUUUGAGAUCCUGUUGAAGAUGACAGCAUUUGGCGCAUUCCUCCAUAAAGGUGCCUUCUGCAGGAACUAUUUCAACCUGCUGGAUCUGCUGGUUGUGGGAGUCUCUCUGGUGUCUUUUGGCAUUCAGUCAUCUGCCAUCUCGGUGGUGAAGAUCCUGCGUGUGUUGAGGGUACUGCGGCCCCUGAGGGCCAUCAACAGAGCCAAGGGCCUCAAGCACGUGGUCCAGUGUGUAUUUGUGGCCAUCAGGACCAUCGGUAACAUCAUGAUCGUCACCACGCUUCUACAGUUCAUGUUCGCCUGCAUCGGAGUGCAGCUCUUCAAGGGCAAGUUCUAUCGCUGCACAGACGAGGCCAAGUCCAGCCCACAGGAAUGCAAGGGAACGUACAUCCUGUAUAAGGACGGCGACACGGCGUUGCCUGCGGUCAGAGAGAGAAUCUGGUACAACAGCGACUUCAACUUCGACAACGUGCUGAUGGCCAUGAUGGCCCUGUUCACGGUCUCUACAUUUGAAGGCUGGCCUGCUUUGCUGUACAAGGCCAUCGAUUCUAACAGAGAGAAUAUGGGCCCCAUCUACAACUACCGCGUGGAGAUCUCCAUCUUCUUCAUCAUCUACAUCAUCAUCAUAGCCUUCUUCAUGAUGAACAUCUUCGUGGGUUUUGUCAUCGUCACAUUUCAAGAGCAGGGAGAGAAAGAGUACAAGAACUGUGAGCUGGACAAGAACCAGCGUCAGUGUGUGGAGUACGCCCUGAAGGCUCGUCCACUGAGGAGGUACAUCCCUAAGAACCCCUACCAGUACAAGUUCUGGUAUGUGGUCAACUCCACCGGGUUUGAGUACGUCAUGUUUGUCCUUAUCAUCCUCAACACGCUGUGUCUAGCCAUUCAGCACUAUGGCCAGUCACGCCUGUUCAACUACGCUAUGGACAUCCUGAACAUGGUCUUCACUGGCGUCUUCACCGUGGAGAUGAUCCUCAAGCUCAUCGCCUUUAAACCCAGGUGGUAUUUUGGGGAUGCCUGGAACGUCUUCGAUGCCCUGGUGGUGAUUGGCAGCGUAGUAGACAUCAUUCUCAGUCAGGUAGAUGCCAUCCCGGUGGUGAAGGUGAUUGUGGAGCCAGGGAACACGGAGGACAGCGCUCGCAUCUCCAUCACAUUCUUCCGCCUGUUUCGAGUCAUGCGAUUGGUCAAGCUGCUCAGUAGAGGGGAGGGAAUCCGGACACUUCUGUGGACCUUCAUCAAGUCCUUCCAGGCUCUUCCCUAUGUGGCCCUGCUGAUUGCCAUGCUCUUCUUCAUCUAUGCUGUUAUUGGAAUGCAGGUGUUUGGAAAGAUUGCCAUGGUAGACGGCACACAGAUUAACCGCAACAACAACUUCCAGACAUUUCCUCAGGCUGUGCUGAUGCUGUUCAGGUGUGCUACAGGCGAGGUGUGGCAGGAGAUCAUGCUGGCUUGUCUGCCCGGGAAGCUGUGUGACUCUGAGUCAGACUACAACCCUGGGGAGGAGAAGACUUGCGGCAGCGGCUUCGCCAUCAUCUAUUUCAUCAGCUUCUAUAUGCUAUGCGCCUUCCUGAUCAUCAACCUGUUUGUUGCGGUCAUCAUGGACAACUUUGACUAUCUGACCCGUGAUUGGUCCAUUCUGGGUCCUCAUCACCUGGAUGAGUUUAAAAGGAUCUGGUCAGAGUACGAUCCUGAGGCCAAGGGCAGGAUCAAGCAUCUGGAUGUGGUCACAUUGCUGAGACGAAUCCAGCCUCCUUUAGGCUUUGGCAAGUUGUGUCCACACAGGGUGGCCUGCAAAAGGCUGGUUGCCAUGAACAUGCCCCUGAACAGUGACGGCACAGUCAUGUUCAACGCUACUCUGUUUGCCUUGGUAAGGACAGCUCUGAAGAUCAAGACAGAAGGCAACCUGGAGCAAGCUAAUGAGGAGUUGCGAGCAGUAAUUAAGAAGAUCUGGAAGAGGACCAGCAUGAAAUUGCUUGACCAAGUGGUGCCUCCUGCUGGCGAUGACGAGGUAACCGUGGGGAAGUUUUAUGCCACCUUCCUGAUACAGGACUACUUCAGGAAAUUCAAGAAACGCAAAGAGCAAGGCCUGGUGGGAAGGCACUCUUUCACCAGCCUGAAUUCCACCAUUUCCCUCCAGGCUGGCCUCCGCACACUGCAUGACAUUGGGCCCGAAAUCCGGCGAGUCAUAUCAUGUGAUCUCCAAGACGAGGGCCUUGUAGACAUUAACGCAGAAGAAGACGAGGAGAUUUAUAGGAGGAACGGUGUGCUCUUCUCCAACCACACCAAUCACAUUAACGGGCACCCCCAGGGGUCCACUCACCGGACCAGUGUCACUCAACGGCCCCUCCAGUUCCCACCUCCACCGGGCCACGCUUCCGUAGAGCGCUCCCAAGCCGGCUCUGAGGAGAGGGCAGGAAAUUCCCACCCGUACAACCACCGCUACCCCAAAUCUCCCAUAUCCUCCAACGCCAACCUUAACAAUGCCAAUGUGCCCACUGUGCCUUCCUUGACUGUCCGGGAGCAGCGCCAGCGUCUCGACCACUCGUACCACAAGAAUUUUGACUUGGAUACUCUCACCACUGUGCAAUCCGCUAGAAGGCGCUACUAUGAGACCUACAUUAGGCCAGAAUCGGGGGGUGCUCUGUACCCCACCAUCUGUAGAGAGGAUCCUGGAGGGGUAGACAGUGAAGAUGACAGGGGCUCAGGAGAGUACUUCAGUGGGGAGGAGUGCCAGGAGGAGGACAUGAUGUUGCACAAAGACAGGAGGCCCCAAAAGGAAUAUCAUGACCCUCAAACUGAGGCAUCCAUGGGUUACCACCAACUGGACAGUCUCUACGAUGAUGACGACAAUGACCAGCAGCCUAUUUUCCAGGAGGGUGGACGUUCGCCAAAGCGAUGGUUGCUCCCAUCUACACCCCAAGCCCCUCACAAACCCUCCUUCAAUUUCGAUUGUCUGAGGAGACAAAGCAGCCAGGAUGAUGAGACCCCUUUGACCCCAUCCGUUCCCCAUAGAACAGCUUUACCACUGCACCUGAUGCAGCAUCAGGUGAUGGCGGUGGCCGGCUUGGACUCCAGUAGGCUCCAGCACCUCUCGCCAUCACGCUCUCUGCGCUCUUGGGCUACACCCCCCGCCUCCCCCAUCAGCAAGGACCACUCCCCCUACUACACCCCCCUUAUCCAGGUGGACUGGCGGAGGCCAGGCAGUGUGACCAGCACCCCAAGCUCUGUGAGAAGGAGCUCCUGGUACACUGAUGCCCCAGAAGCCCCUGUGAGCCACACCUACUCCCCUUCACACCUCCAGAUCCCACCAGAGAUCACUCGGCAAUAUCAGGAGAAGCUAGGAAGUGCCAACAGCCUGGUGGAGGCCGUGUUGAUUUCAGAAGGUCUGGGGAAAUAUGCCCAGGACCCGAAAUUCGUGACAGCGACAAAGCACGAAAUUGCAGACGCCUGCGAGAUGACAAUCGAUGAAAUGGAGAGCGCUGCCAGCAACCUGCUGAACGGCAGUAUGGGUAAUGGAGCCCGGGCUCCCAGGGUUACGGACUCAGUGACUGUCACGAGCCUCAGGGACCGCAAUCUCUGUGACUACAGUGAUGAAGAGCAGGAUACGAGUGGGAAAUGUGAGGAGGAUCUGACCGAUGAAAUGAUUUACAUCACCACCCUAUAGCAGUCACUCCCCUUGGACACAGACUGCAUCUGGCACGGCACGAAAUAGACAUGUGCCUUCUGGAUGUAGCCACGGACAACCCAGCAAAAAAACGAGAACUAAGUGCCUUUCUUUAUGUGGAAUGAAUGGAUGGAUAAAAACUGGAGAGAAACAGAUGAAUGGAUGACGGGAUGAAGUGACACGCUAAGGAUUCAGCUACAGAGGAGUCCCGUCAGGCAACGUCCACAGAUGCAGUGAGAUAUAGGAAGGGCUUGCACCACAGGGGCUGCAGUAAUGCUGGGUUUGCAGAGCACUCGUGUUGAGUAGGAUUAGUGUCGCCCCCUCAGUGACCUCAUACAGAAAUCACAUAUCAGAUUAAUCACAUUCCACCCAUCAGGCAUAUCUCCCCGCCUCCUGUUCGCCUUACCUUCAUGGAUGGAGAGUGGCGGCCAUUUACAGACCACCUUUUGGAAACUGUGAACCACCAAACGCAUGAGAAAACACUCCAAUAUCACACACUCACUCCUGCCCAAUCAAUCCACCUUCAGGGAAGACUUACGGUUACAAUAGAAAGACACAUACACAGAUGAAGACAACAGCAGCCAAAUAGCUAUUAAGUUGUAGAUAUAUUUUAAACCCAGUAAAGAAACUUAAGUCUUUGAAAGAGAUGCUUUAUAUUUUAUUUAUUAAUUGUUACAGGUAUAGCAAUAUCUUCCCCAUGUGUAUGAAAUGGAAAUUCAUUUUAAAAUAAUCAAUUUAUAUUUUAGUAUAUUUUGCCUUUACCCCAACUAGAAUGCAAUAUGUUCAAGCAUAGCAGUUGGAGGGGAAUAAUGCUGCUGCUCUCUGAAGUUCGCGUACACUGUUUUACACAAGUUUGCCAUUGACCAUUUACCAGCUUACAUAGCUCACUGCCAACAGAAAAAAAAACGAUGUUUCAGGUUACAUUCAGGACAGUGGUGUUGUCCUGAAUAUUUCACAGCACAAGGGCAUUCUAUUUUCUAACUAGUUUACUGUGCUUUGUCUUUAACUGGGUUGGUCAGGAAAUAUGUUCUUGCCCCGUAAGUCGCUGUGCAAUGAAAGGGCUCUUUCACACAUAAAAUGUUUUGUGUUUCAUAUAUAUAUAUACACAGUGGGGAGAACAAGUAUUUGAUACACUGG